AUGGACAUUGAGCGCGACAUCAGGACGCAGGUGUCCUCCUCGGACCUCAACCCGUCGUCGAGCCUGAUCCAAAGGCUCACGUUCCUCUCGAACACCAUCGCGGCCGUGAACAAGUCCAAGAUCAAUGGCCCGGCCACUCUCACGGCUUUGACGGAGCUCUCCAAGCUCCCGACCUUCGACGAUGGUGCUGCUGUGGACGUUUACAAGAGCCGUCCGGCAUCAGGUGUACGUUCUGUUCGACUCGCUUCUGGCGAAACACCGGGGAGCUCGGAGUUCAUCAACAGCUACAGUAAGGUGGUCGAUGGAGAGAAGGACCCGCGCAACCUCAUGCUGCUGUUCCAGCUAGACAAGGUGAUCCUUUCCGAGUUUAACGUCAAGGAUCAGAUUGAAGUGAGCUUCAAGGUCCUGAGAGAGCUGACAGUACAGGAGAUGUUUGACAUCACGUUCUGCUACUUCCCCAUCACCUUCCGCCCGCCACCGAACGACCCAUACGGCAUCACGUCCGACGACCUGAAGACUGCGCUGCGAGCUUGUCUGUCUGCUUCGCCGUAUUUCGCGAAGCAAGCGCUGCCGCUGUUCCUAGAGAAGUAUCCGACAUCGGCUGGACAAACGAUGUCUGACGCUCCGAAGGGGCUCGGCGAGCUCAUCGUGAAGCAGAGUCUCGAGGGACUCAGCGACCCGAUGAAGAACUCGGCGCCGGGCUUUGCCAAGUGCCUCGCGUCCAUGAUCAGAGCGUCUCCCUACGCGCUGGCCCAGGCUCUGCCGCAGCUGUUCCGCGACUUCAACGAGCCGAAGCUGCCGUCGUAUCGUGUUCCGCUCAUUAACGUAAUCACAACGCUGCUCCUGGCUGCGCGGUCAGUGUACGGCGCUGAGGGCGCUACGCGGCGGCAGUCAGACGAGCACUCACUUGACCGAUACCGCGACUCGCUGCUCGAUGUGAUGCGUGAGGGACUGCGGACAGACCAGCUGAAGACUGCCGCGAUCCGCGGUUCCGUCGCGAUGGCGGAGAUCCCUGACUUCCUUGACGCGCUCCAGGUCGAGGAACUCGUCAAGGGUAUCGACAACCUGCUCGUACACGACAAUGACGAGGAAGUGCGCACAGCGGCGCUGAGCGGACUUAAGUCGAUUGCGGCGUCGAACCCGACGAUCGUGCAGAACUCUACGCUGCCGCUCCUCUUCCACGCCCUCCCUGACAGUGCGCCCGCAGCAGACGACUCGGCCGCGCGCGAAGCAUACCGCCGCGUCCUGAAGGCUCUGACCGAGCUCUGCGCCGCGCCAGCCCUAUUCCAGACCCUUGUCGUGCGCAUCACGACCAAGCUCGACCUGCUCUCGACAGCUGCAGGUGAUGCGGAGUGCACGGCGGCGUACGCAUGGGACCUGUUGCAUGCUGUCCGCGUCGUGCUCGACGCAAAGCUGGGCGACAAGCACGUCGAUGUGCCAAAGUACUAUGCCGAGAUUGUGCCGCGAUUCACGCAACUGGCCGUCGUUGCGGCGCAGUCAGCCGACCGCCCGCUGUUCCGGGACAAGACAAUCUUUGAGCGGGCGUACGCUGGAUUCGAGAAUGGCCAGCUCAAGCAGGUCGUCUACGACGAGAAGGCGGUCCAGGACGCCCCGCCGCUAAAGGGUUCUGAGGGUUCUGAGGCGGAACGCAACCUCGUCGCGCUGUACACUGCCCUCGUCAGGGGAUUGAAGCCGGAAACGGUGCUGCCGUUCAGCGACGCCGACGCCUUCCUCGCCAGCAAGGUGGAGUGGGCGCUCACGGCGCAGAAUGCCUUCCAGCAACGUGCGGCUCUGGACCUGAUCUCCGCGUUCGUGAACAAGCACGCUGCCUCGCUGUCCUCUCUCCCUUCUCUUCUCGAGACCAUCUGGGCUACAGUCACGGACGCCUCGCAACCGGCCGCCAAGCGCCAAGCCGCGCUGCAAGUGUACUUCCACGCGCUCACGCUCCUUCGAAACGAGCUGGCGUACACUGCUUCAGAGCGUGCGCUCUCUCUGCUCGGCAGCGAGGACGCGCUGGCGCACGCCACGGCGAGCGCGUUCGGCAUUCUGGCCGAGUCGCCGGGGAAGCAGCCCCGCUCCCACCUGAUCGUGAAGAAGCUGUGGAGCUUCCUCCUCCCCAAGCUGCUCGCUGGUGAGGAGGGCGCGAGCGGCGCCGCGCGCGAACCGUACCUCCUCGCCUUUGCUGCGCUGCUCCCCCUGGUCCCGGCCUCGCUGUAUCUCUCCGACCUGCGCAAGCUGCUCCCCAUCCUCCUUCGCGCACUUGUUAUUGAGAGCGCCGAGGAGAGGAAGAACGUCAUUACGGCGCUGACGAGCGUGCUCGAGACGGCGAGCUCGAGGACGGAGACGGACCAGCUGCUGCACGAGCAUGCGGAGGAGAUUGUCGAUGGGCUGCUGAGGGCGGGCAGGACGUCAAAGAUUGGCAAGGUGCGCGCUGCCGCUUUAGCCGGCCUGGGCGUCGUCCCCGAUGCGAUCCGGUACGAGACGCUGGGCAAGGCCAAGGCGCGGGUGAUUCGCGAGCUCGGGCUGUGCCUUGACGAUCCGCUGCGGGGGGUGCGGCGCGAGGCAGUCGACACACGCGCGGCGUGGUACACGUAUGGUAAUGGGUCAUGA